AUGAUGCCAUUAGGGUACAAUGAUAAACACUUUGUGUACGUACAAGACUGUCAGCAACAAACAAACAGUUCGCCAAUACAUUAUUACACAGGUGAUAAACAAAAACAAUCUUACAGCCAACCCAUGUGCAAAGAACAAUCCCAAAAUACAGUCACAGUGUCCCCAGCAAGCUUUAACAAGAAGGCCCAGAGCUUCUCUGCAUUGUCUCCUUUGAACUCUAAAGUGACUCAAGGCUCCUAUAAUAGGGCUAUGAAAUCAUCAUCAUCAUCAUUAUACUCCAAAUGCUCAGCGACAGCUUCAAAAGACCCCCUCUUGAAAAGUUCAUCACAUCCUUCUUGGAAAUCCUCAGACUUGUCUUUGUCUCACUACAAAUCUCAGGCAACGUCUUUAUCUAACUUUACCAGUUCUUCGUCUUUGGAACCUGGCAAAAUAAGUCCGAGAUCAAGGUUACCCCUCCCGAAGACGCAGACAUCAAGUAUUGACCUUUGCUGGAAAUCUCCUGCAUUGGAAUCGACUCAAAGAGUCUUAACGUCACCUUCCCUCCAGCAUCAUGAAACACCUUCCCUAAAUAUCAUCUGGGCUACACCUUCCUUGGAAUCUACUCAAAGUGAACAUAACUCACAGUUAUGUAAAUCUAAGUCACCGAAGGAUUCCUCAUUAGACCGCCUUUGGUCGUCUUUAUUAGAAUCCAGUCAAAAAGCGUUGAGUUCACCCUCAUUCACCCACAGACUUCAAAGAAACAGCUUUCCUCCGACUUCUUCUUCUUCUCAUGACUCCAAUCGAAUGGCUCAGAAUUCACCACUACCUGACUAUAAGCCUCCGAAAAUUCCUGUAUCGAACUCUAAUAACAAUGUUUUUAGUUUACCAUUGUCGCAAGCAAAACCGAGAAAAUCAGCUCCAUCAUCACAUUCUUUUCUGCCAUCUCGGAGUGUAUCAACAUGCCAGCCCAAACCUAAAGUAGUGGCUAGAUGUGAUCCUAACACCCGGGCUGUCAACACAGCUGUAUGCCACCCCAAGGUCCAGAAUACUGCUUCAUUCAGUGAUAAACAAAGACUUCGUCAGCAACCAUUAAUUCAUUCUAAACAAAAUAUCUCAGGCCAAAGAAUCUCAAGUCCUAAGCCCUGUAUCAAGAACAAAAAUGCUUCAGUUCCGUGUUCCAGACUGCCGAAUAAAUGUAGCUUUGAAAAAAGUGUGAAGUCAGAACCAGGGAAUGAAAUCCUGUGGUCCUUAGAUUAUAGUCAUCCCUGCAUUAUUAAAGGCGGUAGUGUUCCUGUUGAUGUUGUAAAUAAAAUUGUCAAUUCCAUCUCCAAGUCUACAAUCCAGAAGGAUCUCUCUAGGCAAAUUCUCUUUCGAAGAAUGAGAGGAAAGCCAAAUCCUCGCCCCGGUCCCCGCCUUUCAUCAACAUAUUCUGUUUGUUUAGAAUGUGCUUCCACCAUAAAAUCUCAGUGUAACCAUCUUACAGGAAAGAGAGAUCCUCGAUGCGCAACACUCUUUGUCAUACCAACACCCGAGAGUGGCACUGAUGGGAAAGCAGACGUGAAAAUAGUCCUUAUCCUUUCUCUACCAGAGACACCUACCUCAUCCUGUUUCCAACUUCCUAUGAAAGACAGUCAAUCUGAAAAUAAUUUAGAAGUCCUCGAUGAUAAUCUGGAAGUAUUAGAGAAGAUAACACAGUUUUUCCCUGCAUCCGAAUCUGAUUUUAUCCAGGGGCUCAAGACAAAGCGAAAGUGCUUGGCUGUAACCUCCGAGAGCAAAGAUAUAAACCAAGAGCCCCAGUCUAUUGACUGGCUGCUGUAUGUUAAAAAUAGUAAUGGUAUUCAGUCCGAAACCCAGGUUCAAGGCCCAUCCUCCUCCUCUUCUUCGUCCUGCUCCUCUGUUUCCUCGUCUUCCUCCUCGUCCUCUACCGGACGCCCCUCUGUACCCAAUCCUUGCAUAGAUCCCACUCCUGUUUCAGGUUAUGUUCUUGCAAAGGUGAGAAGUUACCACCGGUUACCUCCAGGGACCUCCUGGCUUGAGUUCAUAAGGGGUUCAAGUUCUGACUCCACCAAACUAAGACAAUCACCAUCAGCCAAAACCAAGCCCGUGAGGUCUCACAAUACGAAAAGCUUGAAAAAGGGGAGAAGGGAGACCAGCACACUGCUCAGAUAUUUGCAAACAAAGUUUCAAAAUGAGAAAUCCUGA